CUCGACAUGACGAAAACAACCUCAUUAAUACCACUUAUCCACUUCUCUUUCUACACCAUCUUCGUCCUCCUCCUCUUCAGGCAUGCAAACUCUAAACUCAUCAAUGCUGAAGAGCAAGCAAUCCUACUCAACCUGAAGCAACACUGGCAAAACCCACAGCCUCUUUACCACUGGACCCCAUCAAACUCCUCCUCCCACUGUUCUUGGCCAGAGAUCACCUGCUCCGAUGGCUCAGUCACCGAAAUAUCCCUCCCAAACAUGAAUAUCACCGGAACAGUCCCACCCUUCAUCUGUGACCUCAACAACCUCACUGCCAUUGACUUUUCAUUCAACUACAUGACGUCUAACGGGUUCCCGGGAGCUUUCUACAACUGCUCCAAACUCGAAACCCUCGACCUCUCGCAGAACAACUUCGUCGGCAAAGUUCCUGAUGAUAUUCACUGGAUGGCUGGGCUUCGCCAGCUCAACAUCGGAGGCAACAGCUUCACUGGAAACAUCCCAGUAUCUAUCGGGCGGUUAACAGAGCUGAGGAUACUUCAGCUUUUCGCGUGUCAGUUUAACGGUUCUUUCCCGCGAGAAAUUGGCAACUUGUCCAAUCUUGAACGUCUAGAAUUGGCCUACAUGACGGCAAUCAUGCCAACAAGGUUGCCUUCGGAGUUCACAAAGUUGAAGAAACUCAAGCAUCUUUGGGUGGCAGGCUCAAGUUUGGUAGGAGAAAUCCCAAACACGAUUGGAGAAAUGACGGCACUGGAGCAUUUGGAUUUGUCAAGGAACAAUCUGAGCGGGAAUAUCCCGAGCAGUUUGUUUAUGCUAAAGAAUUUGAGUGUAGUGUACCUUUACAUAAACAAAUUGUCCGGGGAGAUUCCUCGCUUGGUGGAGGCUUUAAAUAUAGAUGUUCUUGACCUCUCCGAGAAUAAUUUGAUCGGGUCAAUACCUGAUGAUUUCGAAAGACUCACCAAAUUGUCGGGUUUGGCUUUGUUUUUCAAUCAAUUAUCUGGAAAAAUUCCAGAUAGCAUAGGUCGUCUUCCGGGGCUAAUAAAUUUACAAUUGUUUGACAACAAUUUAUCAGGUACUCUACCUUCGGACCUUGGGAGAUAUUCUAUGCUUGAAUUGUUUCGGGUGUCGUCCAAUAGUCUUACUGGCCAGCUGCCACAACACUUGUGUUAUAAUGGAAGGUUGACAGAAGUGGUAGCUUUCAACAACAGCCUCAGUGGUCAACUACCCAAGUCCCUUGGAAGUUGCAAUAAUUUGCUAGUUCUUAGAGUUGAGAAUAAUAGGUUUUCUGGGAAUGUUCCUAGUGGCCUAUGGACAUUAUUGAAUUUGAACAAGUUGAUGUUAAGUAAUAAUUCUUUUACAGGUGAGCUCCCUGAGAGAUUGUCAUGGAAUCUUUCUCGAUUAGAGAUGAGUCACAACAAGUUUUCAGGUAAAAUUCCGGUGGGAGUGUCUUCCUCGAGGAACUUGGAGUAUCUCGACGCCAGCAAUAACCUCUUAAACGGUUCAAUUCCUCAUGAACUAACAGCUCUUUCUUGUUUAACAACUCUUUUACUUGAUCAAAACCGAUUCUCAGGCUCCCUUCCAUCACAUAUUCUAUCUUGGAAAAAGUUGACUACUCUAAAGCUUAGGCAAAAUGCAAUCUCUGGACAAAUUCCAGAGGAAUUUGGUUCUUUAUCAGUUCUUACUGUUUUGGACCUCUCAGAAAACCAACUUUCUGGCCAAAUUCCACUUCAACUUAGCUUCCUAAAGCUCACUUCACUCAAUCUCUCUUCCAAUCAUUUGACUGGGAGGAUCCCAAUUGAAUUCGAAAAUGAUGCGUAUGCUAGCAGCUUCUUGAACAAUCCUCAUCUCUGUGCUAAUUGGCCAUCACUAAACAUUUCCAAAUGCAAUUUCAAACCUCAAAAUUCAAGCAAAACUUCAUCCACGUUACUUGCUUCGAUUAUAGGUCCGAUGAUAGCAAUUCUACUAGGUUCGGCAGCUUCAUUUUUUGUGGUUAGAAAUUGUUUGAAGAAAAAGCAUGGAUUAAUGGAUUUAAAGUGGGAGCUCACCCCGUUCCAGAGGCUAAAUUUCACAGAAUCUGACAUUUUGCCAGGAAUCAUAGAAAACAACGUGAUUGGUUCUGGUGGAUCAGGGAAGGUAUACCGUGUUGUUGUCAAUCCUCCACGUGAAAUUGUUGCUGUGAAAUGGAUUCUGAAUAACAAAAGGCUAGAACAGAAGCUUGAAAAACAAUUUCUUGCAGAAGUUAAAAUUCUAAGUUCAAUUCAACAUACCAAUAUUGUGAAGUUGCGCUGUUGUAUCUUCAAUGAUCAUUCAAAACUUCUUGUCUACGAGUAUUUGGAGCAUCGUAGCUUAGAUCUAUGGCUGCAUGGGACGAGUAGCAGAGCAUCGACUAUCUUAGGUUCAGUCCAGCAUGUCGUCCUAGAUUGGCCUAAGAGGUUGAAGAUAGCAGUUGGGGCUGCUCAGGGACUCUCUUAUAUGCACCAUGACUGCUCACGACCCAUUGUUCAUCGAGAUCUUAAGUCAAGCAACAUUCUAUUAGACUCAGAGUUUAAUGCAAAGAUUGCUGAUUUUGGUCUAGCCAAGAUGUUGAUCAAGCAUGGACAAUCUGCUACGAUGUCAACUGUGGUUGGCUCUUAUGGCUACAUAGCACCAGAGUAUGCUCACACGACACGAGUCAAUGAGAAGAUUGACGUUUAUAGCUUUGGGGUUAUCCUGCUGGAGCUUACAACUGGAAGAAAAGCGUGUGAUAAUGGUGAUGAACACACAUCCCUUGUAGAAUGGGCAUGGCGACACUUUCAAGAAGGCAGGCAUGUAGUUGAUGCCUGCUUGGAUGAGGAGGUGAAGGAACUUUGUUACUUGGAUGAAAUGUACGGUGUUUUCAAACUUGGAAUCAUUUGUACAGGUGCAUCGCCUUUAACCAGGCCGUCCAUGAAAGAGGUCUUGAAGAUUUUGCUCCAAUGCAACCAAACGCUCGUUUACGGAGAGAAGAAUAUUGCUCAUGCAACUUUGACAUCCACUGUUUGAUGCUUUGACAUCCUCUCGCAUUCAUCUUACAGCGGAGACUUUUAUAGCCGAAUUUGGCUUGGACUCUCUUUAUCUAUUGGCACAGUGCUUAUUCAGUUUCAGCCUCUUCUCAGAGGUUACUAGUUCCUAUUGAGGGUUCAAAUAGGCUCGCUUGAAUCUGUACCCAUUUUACUUCCGUAACCGCCUUGUGUUAUCUCUUAAGAGGGUUGAAUUACUUGUUUAACCUAUUUUCUAUAAUUUAUUUAUAUUUCUUGUUGUU